AUGGGAAAUCACUUACCUUAUUCUGUCAGUAAAGCUGCUUUGGAUCAUUUUACGAGAGGAUCUGCCUUGGAAUUAGCACCAAAAGGAGUCAGAGUUAACACUGUUAGUCCAGGGCCUGUAAAGACAGAUAUUCUAGAAAAUUCCAAGAUUAAUCUAAACUGGGACGAGGUCGCAAAUAUAAUGACUGUUCUAAAAAGAGCCUCUGAACCAGAGGAGAUAGCUGAAUUGAUUCUGUACUUGGCCAGUGACAAGGCUGUUGGUAUCACUGGGUCAGACUUUUUAGCCGACAAUGGUGCUCUUUUGGCCCAAAUAAACGGGGAAAUCAAGUAA